UCAUAAUUAUAAAGAUAGUAUCCGACAAUACCGUUAGAUGUAAUGGGGCAGUGCGAACAAAAAACUGUUUUGCUCGGUGACACGAGAGGUAGCGAAUAUUGCGCACAGGCAUGUGAGCUAGCCGCUUGGUAGCAGCCACUUUCUAUAUAGCUAAUAAACCAUUAUCUGGAUAGCUGUCUUCAGCUUGCUUCCGCCUGUAGAGGCGGGUAAUGAAACAUCCAUAGGCAACGGAAAACACAACUUGCCAAAAUUUGCUUUGUUUCAAGCUUCAUUUAAAUAUGCUUCCGGGAAAGGAGCUAACGUUACUGCUCUGGAUCUUCAGUCGCUUCAGCAGCCUCAGCGCGGCAUCUUCAGCAUCCCGUAAAUGUGAUGAAGCGUUGGCCACACCACUCUCUCACACAGCUUUUACCAGCUCUUCUGUGUACUCCAGUGGAUAUGGGGCUGGAUACGCAAAGCUCAACAGGAGAGGAGGUGCUGGAGGCUGGUCUCCUGUGGACACUGAUCAUUACCAGUGGCUGCAGGUGGACCUGGGAACCAGGAAGCAGGUCACCUCCAUCGCCACACAGGGCAGGUACAGCAGCUCUGAUUGGACAAUGCAAUACAGACUCCUGUACAGUGACACAGGAAGGAACUGGAGACCAUAUCUGCAAGAUGGCAACAUAUGGGCAUUUUCUGGCAACUCCAACAGUGAGAGUGUGGUCCGCCAUGAUCUGCAGCAUGCAGUCAUAACACGCUACGUGCGCAUCAUCCCACUGGAGUGGAGCGAAGAGGGGAGGAUUGGCCUGCGAGUGGAGGUCUAUGGCUGUUCUUACUGGGCGGAUGUGAUCAACUUCGAAGGCCAGGGUGUGAUCUCCUACCGCUUCAAGAUGAAGAAGAUGAAGAUUUUGAAGGAUGUCAUCUCCCUGAAGUUUAAGACCACAGCCAGUAACGGUGUGCUCCUGCACGGGGAAGGACAGCAAGGAGACUAUAUCAGCCUGGAGCUGAAGAGAUCCAAACUACUGCUCAUGAUCAACCUGGGCAGCAAUCAGUACGGCUCCAUCCUCGGACACACCUCUGUGACAAGCGGAAGUUUAUUGGAUGAUGACCACUGGCACUCCGUAAUUAUCGAGCGUUACCGACGGAAUGUCAACUUUACCCUGGAUCGCCACACACAGCACUUCCGCACCAACGGGGAAUUUGAUCAUCUUGACCUGGACUAUGAGAUCAGCUUUGGAGGCAUGCCUGUCUCUGCCAAGCCCAGCUCGGGAGGCAGGGAGAACUUUGUUGGUUGCAUGGAGGGCAUCACCUACAACGGAGAUAACAUUACCAACCUGGUCAAGAGAAAGAAAAUUGAUACUUCAAGUUUUAGGAACCUGACGUUCUCCUGCAGCGAGAUGCACUCCUUCCCUGUGUUCUUCAACGCCACCAGCUUCCUGCGUCUCCCGGGGCUGCAGGACAGCGACACCCUGUCGGUCAGCCUGUCCUUCCGGACGUGGAACCCCAGCGGCCUGCUCUUCUACACGGCCCUGGCUGAUGGCGUGGUGGAGGUGGGCCUCACAGAGGGAAAAGUCACCGUCUACAUCAACGUUGCCCAGAAGAAAAACACACGUAUAGACAUCUCCUCAGGUUCGGGGCUCAACGACGGCCAGUGGCACAACGUCUACCUUCAUGCUCUGGAGAACUACGCCAUGCUGACCAUUGAUGGUGACGAGGCAUCCACUGUCAGAACGGUCAUUCCCAUUCAGAUCAGAACAGGGGGACAAUACUACUUUGGAGGCUACUUCCUGCGUACCAACACGCCCCCUGCCCAGCGCUCUUUCCAGGGCUGUAUGCAGCUGAUCCACGUGGACGACCAGCUCGCUGACCUGGUGGCUGUAGAGCAAGGCAACAUGGGAACCUUUGAGAAUGUCAGCCUGGAUAUGUGUGCCAUCAUAGACAGAUGUGUCCCUAACCACUGUGAACAUGGAGGCCGCUGCACUCAGACCUGGGACAGUUUCAGGUGCUCCUGCAAUGGGACAGGCUACACUGGGGCUACAUGCCAUACCUCCGUGUAUGAACAGUCCUGUGAGGAAUACAAACAUCUUGGUAAAACAUCUGGCACGUACUGGAUCGACCCUGAUGGGAGUGGUCCCGUAGGCCCCUUCAAAGUCAACUGCAACAUGACUGAGGACAAGGUGUGGACUACAGUGAGAAACAACCUGUCUCCCCAGACCUCAGUGAGUGGCUCAGACUUGGAGAGGAAGGCUUUGCUGCAGCUCAACUACAACAUGUCCACAGAGCAGGUGACAGCCAUCACGAGCAGUGCAGAGUACUGUGAACAGCAUGUAGCCUACGCCUGUCGAAUGUCUCGACUGCUCAAUAACCCAGCUGGGUCCCCAUUCACAUGGUGGGUUGGCAGGGCCAAUGAGAGGCAUUAUUACUGGGGUGGUUCAGGACCAGGGAUCCAGAAGUGUGCCUGUGGAAUCGAAAGGAACUGCACCGACCCCAAGUACUACUGCAACUGUGACGCUGACCAAACGCGGUGGAGAGAGGACGCUGGUCUCCUGGUGUAUAAAGACCAUCUGCCUGUGAGUCAGGUGGUAGUUGGUGACACUAACCGUGCUGGCUCUGAGGCUAAGCUGACUGUGGGUCCACUGCGUUGUCAAGGAGAUGGUAACUACUGGAACGCAGCAUCCUUCAACACGCCUGCAUCAUACCUGCACUUCCCUACCUUCCAAGGGGAGACCAGUGCAGACAUCUCUUUCUAUUUCAAGACUUCCUCCUCUUAUGGCGUCUUUCUGGAGAACCUUGGCAAUACUGACUUCAUCCGCCUGGAGCUAAAAGCUGCCACGGUGGUGUCCUUUUCCUUUGAUGUGGGCAACGGUCUGGUGGAGCUGAGUGUGAGGUCAUCCACUCCUCUUAAUGAUGACCAGUGGCACAGGGUGGUGGCUGAGCGCAACGUGAAGGAGGCUGUGCUGCAGCUGGAUGGGCAGUUCAAGGAGGUUCGCCCUGCACCCCCACAGGGUCACACUCGCCUGGAGCUUUACAGCCAACUCUACGUCGGUGCAUCGGGUGGCCAGAGAGGCUUCCUAGGAUGUAUCCGUGCCCUGAAGAUGAACGGUGUGACCCUUGACCUGGAGGAGAGGGCGAAGGUCACCCCGGGGGUGAAGCCUGGCUGCUCUGGCCACUGCACCAGCUAUGGGCAGCACUGCAGAAACGGUGGCCAGUGCAUGGAGAAAUACAACGGUUACUCAUGCGACUGCACCUUGACGGCGUAUGACGGGCCCUUCUGCACUGAAGACGUGGGUGGCUACUUCGAGAGUGGAACACUAGUUCGUUACGACUUCCUUCCCGAGGGGGGCCUUCCAGCCAUCAGGGAUGUGAAGAGCCUGUCUCCCCUGCUGCCCACGGAGGGCAACCUUACACAGGAGGAGCUGGUGUUCAGCUUCAGCACCUCCAACACCCCCAGCAUCCUGGUCUACAUCAGCUCCAGGACCCAGGACUACCUGGCUGUGGUGCUCAGACACAAUGGAACACUUCAGAUCCGCUACAGCCUGGGAGGCCUGAGGGAGCCGUUCACCAUCGACCUGGACCAGCGCAACAUGGCCAACGGGCAGCCCCACCACAUCAACAUCUCCAGGCAGGAGAGGAACAUACGGCUGCAGUUGGACCAUUACCCCCCAGUCAGCUACACUCUGCCUGCUGGCUCUGACACCAAGUUCAACCUGGUUAAAACUAUAUUCCUGGGCAAAGUCUUUGAAACUGGCCAGAUUGACCCAGUCCUCAUAGAGAAGUACAACACCCCAGGGUUCGUUGGCUGUCUGUCCAGAGUUCAGUUCAACAACAUCGCCCCUCUGAAGGCAGCACUGAGGUCUGGCAUCGUCGCCCCAGUGACCACCCAGGGCAUUCUAGUGGAGUCCAACUGCGGGGCGUCUCCUCUCACCAUCUCACCCAUGGCUGCUGCCAAUGACCCCUGGCACCUGGACUCAGCUGGUGCUGUAUUCCCAUUCAACGAGGAAAGAGUUAGCCGGGAUGGAGUUGAUCGGAACGCUGCAAUUAUCGGAGGUAUCAUUGCUGUGGUCAUCUUCACCAUCCUCUGCACCCUGGUGUUCCUGAUUCGCCAUAUGUUCCGUCACAAGGGCUCCUACCACACCAAUGAGGCCAAAGGGGCGGAGUCUGCGGACUGUGCCGAUGCAGCCAUCAUUGUCAAUGACCCAGCCUUCACAGAAACCAUUGAUGAGAGCAAGAAGGAAUGGUUCAUUUAAUCAGACAUUCACAUUUUGGUACUGGUCAGUGGUGUGCCCAUGGCUCUUCACACUUCGCUGAGUGAGGACAAGGCUUUCUUUGAUGAUGAUGAUGAGGAUGAUGAAUGAAUAAUGUGUAAAUGGGGCAUAGGAAGAUUUCCCCAUGGACUAGAUGUGUGCAUUGGCUGGCUUGUCUAUAAUGUAUUUACAUUGAGUGAGGAGUUGGAGGAGUUUUGGCAACAUGAUAUCAGUCAUUCACAUAGAGCCAUUAUUACAACUACAGCAUCACCUGGACUGAGAAUUAAACAUUUAAAAAACAAUAUCACUUUUUAUAUUUAUUUUUUUCAUUACUGUUGAUGUCUUAAUGUUUUUAGCUUUGAUUGUAGAGAUGUUUAUGCCUGUAUUUAAUGGGUCAAGCACAUAAUGUACACUUCUAGUUCCUUUGCUGCCAAAUGAGUACCAAGUGAGUUGCUUAGAGACAAAAUGCUCUCCCUGCACAGAUUGAAAAACACAUUAAGGUUUAUGUCACUGACAUUUGAUUGUAUUGCAUUGUAAUGUAUUGGUUUGAUUGCACUGCAGUCCUUAUUAUGUGUAGAAUACAACGGCAUGCUACACAACUAUGGCAUCCCUUCACUGCACCAUUCCACACAGUAGCACUGGUAUUUCCUCACAAAUGUGUCUUUUAUCUUGCAGAUCAUUCUUGGGGGGGGGGGCAAAUUAUUCAGCAUGCUUUAUCUGUUUCCCCGGUCUUGCUACAUAUGAUGAUGGCUCUUCUUGGAAAAUUGGUUUUUGGCAUGAUAUGACAGGUUCACAUUUGGCAACAUUGUGACUUUUGAGAGGGAAGUGCUAUGAUAUUGUCAUGAAAAGGUUUAUUGUACAAACAAGCAUCAUAUUACUUAUAGUAAUGACAAUAUCCAAUGUGCCUUCAAGAUUCAGCCACUCUGCUUUCCGUUUUGGACUAUUUCCUUCUGGGCACACUGACUGUACCCUGAAUAUUGAACAAAAUAAAUACUCUAUGGCCAAUAGGGAUGUAUUUAUGAUGGUGGCUAUAUGCUAAAAGGAAAAUGACAACGUGGCUUAACUUCAGCUCCAUGGGCAGUGAUACACUAUACACACGCUUAACUAAUGCCUGAACUUCUAUGCCUUUGUUGGUAUCAAUGUGUAUAGUUCUGUAGCACAGGAGGCUGCUGAGGGGAGGACGGCUCAUGAUAAUGGCCAAAAACGGAGUGAAUGGAAUGUCACCAAACACAUGGCACCAUGUGUUUGAUGUAUUUGAUACAAUUCCAAUUAUUCUGCUCGAGCCAUUACCAGGAGCCUGUCCUCCCCAAUUAUUAAGGUGCCACCAACCUCCUGUGUUCUAUAGGUGUUAUUUCAUUUGUUUAUUUGAGUACAGUGGGGUUGUAUGUUUUAUGUCUAAUCAUUUUAUUUCCUUAUUCAUAAGAUAACCAUUUUCACCCAGUAAGUCAGAAUAACCCACAAUAUUAAAUGUUUUUAUGUUACAAGUGCCAACAAGAUUAUGUCAGCCUUUCCCCAUGUUAAGAUUCUCAUAUUCACAUCAUGUGGUUUGGGAAUUGCUGUGAUUAAUUCAGAGUAGCAUUACACAGACAACACAGUGUGUGCUGAAGAGAAGAACUGGAGGAUUAGGGGAGCUAAGGGGAAUGUAGACAGCAUGAGAGACUGUCGUGAAAACCUCUGAAAUGAACAUAAAAUGAUUAGCUGUUACUGUUGAAGGCUGUAACAGCAUCUGCAAACAGAAUGUAUCCUUCCAUAUAAUGUCAGUGUCCCACAUGCCCACAGCAAUCUGAAUUGGAUGAUGAAAUCCCUUAAAUUGCACCACUGAACACAUAAGCAAAGCUGGUAUUAUUAGGUAAUUUCUUCACAUUUUUUGUGUUGCUAUUUUGUCAUGUAGGCUAUUGUUUUGAAUCAACAUGUAAAUCCCUGUCUACAUCUCACAAUGGUACAUUUUGGUUUAUUGGUAUUCAGAGGAGCAAAACAUUGGUUGUUCAUCACUGUGUGUGCUAAUAGUCAAGUUGCAACUGAAACACAAUAUACUUUAAUAUUCUAUAAACCAAAAUGAUCAGAGGACAUCCAUUUACUGUAGAGCAACACUUUAUGAGAACGCAUGAUCUUACAUUUCAUUAGAAUAUCUAACACGUCACAGUUCACAAUGUAAUAUAUAAUAUUAUAGCAUAGGAUAUAAUAAAGCAUAAUAUAGCAUAUUGAUAUUAUGGAGAUUUUUUUUUGUUAUGUUGGUUUACCACUUUUGUCAAAUGAAUGAUUGGCAUCGGAUUUCAAAUUCCAUUAUUGUUUUUCUUUUCAUUAGCAGCAUGACAAUUAAAACUAAAAACAGUACCACAUUGCAGUGCAAUUUAUUUUACAUUAAUUCUUUGGAAAUAUUUUGUACAAUUCUUAUCUGAGGGAUGAUGUGCAAAAGUAUUUUUUAUAAUAUAUUUACAUUUAUUUCAUUGCAAUUAUAAUUAAAUGGCAGUUUUCUUUUUGAUAUUCUGUGUGAAAAACAUACAUUGUUGAAAUUGUCUUUUACAGUGGCUUGAGAUCAUGUUCCCCAAAAUGAAAGAUUUUACAACUUCAUUUUGUGUUAUUUUAGUUCAGUAUUGUAUGUCAGGCCUGAGAUUGCAUAUGUAAUGUGAUUUUGUCUUAAUAUAAAACAUUAAACAAGCCUUGCCAUA